AUGGCCGAGGUAGCCUUCGCCAAAACCUUCCUCUCUACCCUUGACGCGCGGCCCUCAAGGCUAUCUGCCGAUCAUGUGGAAAGUCCAAGGAAUUACCCUGGCCGCCCGGCUUAUAUCCUUCCUCGGAUGCCCAAAGCCAUGAGCCAGCCUACCAACCUGGCCCCAGGGCAAGAGCGGAGUGUAACGGUCACGAUCAAGUCCCUGCGGAACCCACCCCUCAAUAUCAAGCUCGCUUCGCAACCAAUGUCUACCUCGCUCCUUGACAUCAAGUCCAAUGUCUCAAGCCAAACGAGAAUACCGGUGGACAAGCUGAAGAUUCUCCACAACAAGCGACCUCUGACAGAUAGCAAGAUCCUCAAAGAUGUCUUGGCGGAAAGCGAAACGGCUGUUGAGUUUUCCGUCAUGGUCAUUGGCGGCGCCGCAGCUAUUGUUCCCGAGAACGCCGCUUCCUCGGCCGCUGCGGUUGCGCUUACAGGCGUUGCGGCGGUAGAGACUGAUGCAUUCUGGACCGACCUCAAGGCUUUCUUGACGCAGCGGCUGAAGGACGAGACAGCGGCUGAGCAUCUGUCCAGCCUCUUCCGGUCCGGUUGGGAGUCUAGCAAGUCGACACAAUCAUGA